ACAAGCUGAACUUGUCCUUUACUUUUCUUCCACUGCUGAUGGUAUGAUCCCUUGCCGCGAUACCUUUCAGAAGUCUCCGGCCGUCUUUUCUCAAAAUUGCUCUUCAAGCAAGCAAGGAAGGAAGGAAGGGCAGAAGGAAAGUGUAACUGACUGCCCCACAACACCGAUUCGUCAGCUCUUUUCGCCAUGCAUAUAUGUUGCACAAGCCAUGGCUUCGUCGUGGGCAGCUCCGAAGAAUUAGCUUAAGGCUCGGCGGUGAGAGAAGAGGUAGAGAAGGGGAGCUAGCUAGGGUUGAAGAAGCCGGUGGGCGCCAUGGCACAGAUGCUGCUGCACGGGGUGAUCGACGCCAAGAUCCUGGAGGCCGACCUGUCCGUCACGUCAGGCGGCCAGCUCAAGCCGGCGAAGAAGACUAUGAUGAAGAGAAAGGCCUUCUCAUGGAUCAAGAAACUGCCCUUUUGCAAGUGCCAGCGACUGCUGGAGAACGCCAUCGGCCUCGACUCGACGGCCGGCAAGCUCUAUGCGACGGUGGACAUCGACAAGGCGCGCGUCGGCCGGACACGGAUGCUGGACCCCGUCUACUCCCCGCAGUGGAAGGAGUCAUUCCACAUCUACUGCGCGCACUACGCAAGCAACGUCAUCUUCACCGUCAAGGCAGACAACACCGUCGGUGCCACGCUCAUCGGCCGCGCCUACCUCCCCACAGCUAACGUCAUCGCCGGCCAGCAGGUGGACCAGUGGCUCCCCAUCUGCGACGAGAAGCGCCAGCCGCUGGAAGGCGGGGACCAGAUCCACGUUCAGCUCCGGUUCACAGACGUAACCGCGGACCCGGCGGCUGGCUGGGGCGCCGGCGUCGGCAGCGCAGCGUACCCGGGCGUGCCGCGCACCUUCUUCGGCCAGCACCGCGGCUGCCGGGUGCGGCUGUACGAGGACGCGCACAUCUCCGAUGGCUUCGCGCCGCGGAUCCGGCUCGCGGGCAACAGGUUCUACGAACCGCGCCGGUGCUGGGAGGACGUGUUUGAGGCGAUCACCAACGCCCGGAGGAUGGUGUACAUUGCCGGGUGGUCCGUUAACACCGACGUCGUGCUGGUGCGCGACCCGCGGCGGCCGUCGUCCGGGACACUCGGCGAGCUGCUCAAGCAGAAGGCGCACGAGGGCGUCACCGUGCUGAUGCUAGUGUGGAACGACCGGACGUCGGUGGGGCUCGGCCCGAUCAAGCGCGACGGGCUGAUGGCCACGCACGACGAGGACACAGCGAGUUACUUCCGCGGCACGGGCGUGCGCUGCGUGCUCUGCCCCCGGAACCCCGACCAGGGCCGGAGCUACGUGCAGGACGUCGAGACGGCCACUAUGUUCACGCACCACCAGAAGACGGUGAUCGUCGACGGCGGCAACGCGGAGGCGAACGCGCCGCCUGGCCUCGUGAGCUUCCUCGGCGGCAUCGACCUCUGCGACGGGAGGUACGACACGCAGGAGCACCCGUUGUUCCGGACGCUCGGCACCACCCACCGCAACGACUUCCACCAGCCCAACUUCCCCGGCGCGUCCAUCAAAAGGGGCGGGCCGAGGGAACCGUGGCACGACAUCCACUGCCGCGUUGAGGGCCCGGCGACGUGGGACGUGCUCGAGAACUUCGAGCAGAGGUGGCGGAGGCAGGGCGACGGCGACAACUUUCUUGUCACGCUGGACAAAGGGUGGGCGGCGCGCGAGGCGUCCGAGGACGCCGAGUCGUGGAACGUGCAAGUGUUCCGGUCCAUCGACGGCGGCGCAGCGGCGGGGUUCCCCGAAAACCCCGACGAGGCCGCGCGGUGUGGCCUCGUGACCGGGAAGGACAACGUCAUUGAGCGCAGCAUCCAGGACGCGUACAUCCACGCCAUCCGCCGCGCGCGGGACUUCAUCUACAUCGAGAACCAGUACUUCCUGGGGAGCUCCUACGCGUGGCAGCGUGACGACGGCGUGACGGUGGCGGAGAUCAAUGCGCUGCACCUCAUCCCCAAAGAGCUUUCACUCAAGAUCGUGAGCAAGAUCGAGGCCGGCGAGCGGUUCGCCGUGUACGUGGUGGUGCCCAUGUGGCCAGAGGGCAUACCGGAGAGCGGCUCCGUGCAGGCUAUCCUGGACUGGCAGCGCCGCACCAUGGAGAUGAUGUACAAGGACGUUGCGCUGGCCAUUCGCGCCAAAGGACUCCAGGCCAACCCCAGGGACUACCUCACCUUCUUCUGCCUCGGCAACCGCGAGGCGGACAGCCCCGGCGAGUAUGUGCCGCCGGAGCGGCCGGACCCCGACAGCGACUACGAAAGAGCACAGCAGGCCAGGCGUUUCAUGAUUUACGUCCACGCCAAGACGAUGAUAGUCGACGACGAGUACAUCAUCGUGGGAUCGGCGAACAUCAACCAGCGCUCAAUGGACGGCGGUCGCGACUCGGAGAUCGCGAUGGGCGCGUACCAGCCGGGUCACCUGGCGUCCAGGAACCGGCUGGCGAGGGGCCAGGUCCACGGCUUCCGUGUCGCACUGUGGCAGGAGCACCUGGGCCGCACGGCGGCGGCCGACGGUGCGGACAAACUCCUCAAGCCGUCGAGCCUGGCGUGCGUGCGCAGGAUGAACCAGGUGGCGGAGCAGCACUGGAAGAUGUUCGCGGAUGAUACGUUCCGUGGGGACCUCCCGGGGCACCUCAUGGCGUACCCCGUCGGCGUGGGCAACGACGGCGAGCUCCUGGAGACGACGGCGUGCUUCCCGGACACCAAGGCGAGGGUUUUUGGCAACAAGUCCACCAUCCUUCCGCCCAUCCUCACCACAUGAUUGAUCGAUCCAUCCUGGGCUGCAACUUGGAGUGAGAAUGCUCAAACUGUUCAUUGCUGCGUGCGCGAGUGAGUAGUGAGAAGCGUGUGUGACAACUGAGAACCGGUAUUGUAACUGUUGUAAAUAAGACGUGGACUGUUUGUGUGAAUAAUAACAGAAUGAAGCAUCAUAUCUGCCAA